GUUAAAUUACUCGAUGUCCCUUUUUCUUUUUAUAAAUCCACAGGUUUUAAAUUGUUAAUAUCUAAGACGGCACGUAUUAAUCUAAACUAUAAAUGGUUUCCUCAAAAACUUUGUAAAAGAUCUUAUACAUAAGUUAAGAUGAUGCUCUUAGACAUAAGUUAAGCGAAUCAGCCUCUGAUUUUGUUUCCGCCCUUACGCAACGCUGCGGCUGUCGAUUUGAGGAGAGUGAGAAUCUGCAAUGUUUAUGUUGUGCGUUUGUCUUUCAGACUAUCGAGAUUAAUCUGAAUGCUAUUCGGGACCCGUAGUGAUCUUGAGAUUUCCCCGGUGGAGUCCCGAGAUUCAAGGGAGUUUGUGAACACAGUGAAUGGAUCAUGCUCUGAGAUUAGCUCUAUUGCUGGUGCUUCUUGCCAAAGUUUAUCCAUCUUCUAUAUCAAAGAUGGGCACAUUCUCAAGGAUUUGUUGUUCUUCCUUCAUGUCCCAAGAACAGGAGGACGAACUUACUUUUAUUGUUUUCUGAAGAAACUGUACUCUAACUCUCUAGAAUGCCCAAGAUCUUAUGAUAAACUUCGGUUUGAUCCUCGCAAACAGAAUUGCAAGUUGUUUGCAACUCAUGAUGACUAUAGCAUCAUGUCCAAACUCCCCAGAGAGAAAAGUUCAGUAGUAACCAUACUUAGAAACCCCAUUGAUCGUGUUUUUAGUGCUUAUGAGUUCUCUAUAGAGGUAGCAGCUAGGUUUUUGGUGCAUCCUAACUUGACUUCAGCCACAAAAAUGUCUGGAAAUUCGGGUUCAAAGAAAAGUGUUAUAAGCACACUCGAUAUUUGGCCAUGGAAGUAUUUAGUUCCAUGGAUGCGGGAGGAACUAUUUUCUCGGCGAGAUGCUAGAAGGAGAAAGGCUUCACCUAAUUCUUAUGGGGAUGACUCAUAUAAUAUGGAGGAAAUUGUUACACCAUUACAUGAAUUCAUCAAUCAUCCUGUAGCUCUGGAUCUUGUUCAUAAUGGUGCCACGUUCCAGAUUGCAGGUUUGACAAACAAUUCUAAUACAUGGAAGGUGCAUGAUGUACGCCACUGUGUAAUGAAUUAUCAAACUCUUGGAAACUAUGUGCUUGAAGUUGCAAAGAGAAGGUUGGAUGAUAUGCUAUAUGUUGGACUUACUGAGGAACAUAAAGAAUCUGCUACAAUGUUUGCAAACUUAGUUGGUGCACAAGUCAUUUCACAGUUACUGGGGACUGAAACUGUAAAUUAUAAUAAAUUAGAACAGGGUUCUUUGGUUUCUAAAACUGGAUUUCAUACUUCUCAUAAUCAGGGUAACAAUACAUCAAUCAUUGAAGAACAAAAUGAAAAUAUUAGUGUGGGAAAACUUAUGGAAACUUAUGAAACUUGUGUUUCUAAAUUAAGAUCGACUCAGUCAAAAAGGCGUAUGAGUUCUUUGAGAAGGAUCUUUCCUGCAAACUUUACAAAGGAGGCUCGAAGACAUGUUCCUGAAGAAGUUGUUAAGCAAAUCACCUUGUUGAACAGUUUAGAUGUUGAACUGUAUAAACAUGCAGAGAUUAUUUUUGAAAAACAGCAUCAAAAGUUGUUUGAUUCUUCCAUGCCUGAGAGGUGGCAGAUUAUGAAUGGUGAAAGCUACAUUGGUUCUGAAUGGGAAGUCGUUUGCUUAUCUUUGUUCAUAUUCUUAGUGUUGUUUAUUUUCUUUUAUCCAUGGAGUCACAGGAUAAGAGAAUGUGCAAGACUGAAUCUGCGUUUUCUGGUGUGAGCGUUGAUUAUAAUCAAAAUCAAAAUCAAAAUCAAAAUCAUCGAGUGUACGAUGAGGAUUGUUUUGGUGACAUACUGAACAUGUUUGAUUUCCCGAUGGAGGGUUUGGAAGGCGAUGGAUUUGCAGAGGAUUGGGCCUCUAAACUUGGCCCUAUACCUUCUGAAGUUUUCAAAGAACUCGGCGUCAGCAAUACAUUCGUCCCUUCCACAGAUUUGCCCUUUGAGUAUCCCGUGCUUAAUAAUAGAGCUUUGUAUUCUCAACCAAAAGAAGCCUUUGAAGCACCAAGCCCUAAUUCAGUCCUGGAAAAUCGAUCCUCCAGCUCAAACAGUAAACCCAUCUCCUUGGGAAUCGAGCAUUCCAUUCCGGUUAGAUCUCGAAGCAAACGAUUCCGACCCACCACCAAUCCAUGGUUGCUGUCACCUCUGAUAUCCAAAGAAAGGAAGAGAAAAACAGCAUCCGAGAUUCCGGUUUUCAUAAAAAGAUCAAAUGUCACGGGAAACGGAAUCAAGAAAUGUGCUCAUUGUGAGAUAACAAAAACCCCACAAUGGAGGGAGGGACCGAUGGGCCCCAAAACACUUUGCAAUGCGUGUGGGGUCCGGUAUCGGUCCGGCCGCCUCUUCCCGGAGUACCGCCCGGCCGCCAGUCCGACAUUUGUUCCAGCACUGCAUUCCAAUUCUCACAGGAAGGUGAUAGAGAUGAGGAGUAAGACUGUUGAAUAAGAGUGUAACAGAAGCAUAUCAAGGUAAGAGGCUUUUCUUGUUUUGUUUUUGUUUUUGUUUUUUUUUUGAAGUUUUUGAGUCGUAAUGGUA